CGAGCGGAGAGAACCGAGCGUCGACGUCAACAGAGACUCACUUUUGCUACUUCCUUCUCGACCGAACUCACUCUAGGGACAUUUGCCUACCACUGGGCUGCAUAAACGAGCAACUUGACGACGCGACCGACGUUGCCAUUGUCAUAAUACUCUAAUAACCAGCAGCAGACCAUGGCGCCCAACACUAACACCAGCGGAGACGUGUGUGUUGAGGACGCACGAAGCAGCCUCUCGCUCGACAGCUAUGAUGUCGGCGCAAUGCUGAGCCCACGUCGCACCAACAGCAAACACAACCCGGAGGACGUUGUUAUUUUCUUUGACUGGGACGACACACUGAUGGCGUCGUCCGCCAUCGCCAAGCUCGGGCUUUGCCCCAAGUACAUAAACGAAGAGCCCGAGGUCCCAGAUGAUGUACAAGCUGAACUGAAGGAGCUCGAAGAUUCUGUCGUACAGCUUCUCGAAACAGCGCUGUCCUACGGUCGCGUAGUUAUCGUGACGGCAGCUGAGACUGGCUGGGUCGAGCUCUCGGCGUCGCUCUUCAUGCCGCGGCUCGUUCCAUUUUUCAAUACUAGCAUCAAAGUCAUAUCUGCGCGCUCCACAUACGAAUACCUGUACCCGGAUUGCCCGCGGCGGUGGAAGAUUGAGGCAUUCAACAACGAGGUGUUUCCGGUGUGGGAGUCUUACGGCGAGGAGGACUCGGCGGGUAUCCCCCAACAUGUCAUUUCGCUCGGAGACGGCCCCACAGAACGCGAGGCGCUGAUCAACGUCAAGAUGCAGGCAAUGGAUGCAUGUCACGGCAAGUCGAUGAAGUUCAUUGCGUACCCGAAGAUCAGCGAGUUGCAGUUGGAAGUGGAGCUUAUCCUCGCCAACAUGGAGCACCUGUGCACUCACGAGGGCGACCUUGACCUGCAAAUCACGUGGGAAAUGCUGAAUGGUGGCGCUUAAGCCGCUGAAGCACGCGUGCAGUUGAAGUGAGUGAUGUGGGUCAAUCUGGCUCGGUGCUCAUGCGAUGUCGAGGUGGACGGAGGAACUUCGACGCUACUGCUGCUUGAUCAAUGUGGAUAGAUGUAAAGUAUGACCGCGGGCCCAAGUGCUUUUUUUGGGGAGGGCCCGACAUUGAACAAGUGAGACAACGGGACUACUGCAAGCACUAGAGAUGACUGCCGCCAAAUGCUACGCUAAAUGGAGAAGGAGCAUAGUGCC